AUUCAAGAGGAAUUUGUAGAUCUUGAACUAAGUUCAUUCAGCAUAAUUUGCUGCACUAGACAGAGAUCUGAUAUCAGAGUGAAAAAGAAGACACCAUAAUGAAGAUGGCCUCCAGUAGUAGCCGCACUAGUGUCUUUGAUUCUAUUUUAGAGCAUCUGGACAGGCUUGAGGAGAUGGGGCUCCAGUUAGAUGAUGAAUUCAGGAUCGACUUUCGUCCUCAAUUGUGGGAGCUGAAGGACGACGUACGCGUAUUGCUACCCUUUGAUCUGUAUGUUACAAAUUGCAGGAGGAAGCAGGAAAUGUGUUGGGAACACGAUGUGGAGGAGAAGCGUAAUACUAAGUCCGACAGUUUGAGACUUCGUAUUAUUUUUUCGACGAUCUGGAGGGAACACGACGGUCUGUCUGCUGAGUCUGCUGAUCUUACAUAUAUUCAGUCUGGUGCAUCAAAUCUCAGUGACCUCAAAACUAUAAUUAAGGAAAAUAUCAGGUUAUUGUUUGGGACAGUAAUCCGACCAUCGUGCAUCAUCAGCUUGCUGCACCACUGCUCACUGGGAGAUCCACGACUAGUUACAAAUUUGAUUGACUCUGGUUUAGCGAGUCUGGACUGGGCUGCUCAAUGGGUUUACAAAUUUCACAAAGCUCUGCCUAUUGUAUUGAGAACCCUUGAAGCGAAGCUAUCGUUCUUGAAGAGUUUCAUUUGCUUUGCCACAGCGCAAGGCGUUGUGGUUAACCAAUUGAUAGAUCUGUUGAUCCACGCUCAAGUUGUGGCAGUCAAAGCUGCCUUUUUGAUUUCAAUAUAUUGGUUUAACAGAAACAGUGAACAAGUGUGCAAUGAAAUGGAAUCUCAAAUUUCUCGACUGAUACGCAAGGAGAUUGAUCCCGUUCAUCCCCAAGUGCGAGAAACUUAUAUCCAUGUCCUGACAGCUUCAAAGUUAUCAAGAUCGUCACACACUUUAGUGCUGGAGAAGAAUAAGCAUCUAUUGGCCAACUUUAUUGAUUGUCUCCUGUGUAAUGUUAUGGAGCUACUAGAACAUUUUCCCAGUUUCUCGGUUCUGGUGAAGGAUCAAAUGCAAAUACUCCACGAGGGAGUAAGGUUCCUGAGAAACCUCUUCGGGCGGCAGCAAGAGAAAUUCAACGGGCUACAUGAUCAAAUGAAGGAUCUUAUUGGAUUUGUGGUCUGUGAUGCAGGAAUUGUGAUUUUCUCCCUUUCAGCGACUGAAAUGAAAGAAGGUUUGGCCAAGGAAACAGAUCUUGCGCUUUUUCAUCUGGUCAAAGUGCUCAAGUUUAUUAUGGCAGAAUUUGCUCAAAUUUAUCCAUCACCAUCAUUCAGCUUUCCUUGGACCAAUGACUUGGGCUGCUUUGAUUUCCUCCUAGAAAGUCUCCAAGAACUAUCGAAUUCUGAAGCUGAUUCAAUUGAUUUCCCAAAGGAUCAUAUCCACAGAGUGCAAGAGGAUCUUACGUUCUUAAGAUCUUUGCUCAAGAAUAUUGUCGGGCAGCGCAACCAGAACGUAAAACUCCAAGCUCUUUGGAAUCGUGGUAUGGAGGUGGCCUAUAAGGCAAAGUUACUCAUCAACUCUAUUGUAUUUGGGGAUAAAUCUGAAUGUUUGGAUACCCUUGCUGGAGAUAUUGAGCUGAUGAGGACUGAGGCCCUUGGAAUCUGUGACAGCCUCGGCCAUGGCACUGAUGCUCAGAGAGUUACCAACAAUUCAGCUGAUACGACAUCAAAACUCAGAACCCCAGCACUGAAUGAAGCUCCGGUGGGUCUUGAUGAAGCAGUAAAGACAAUCAUCAAUAGACUUACCACUGGUUCAAAGCAGCUGGAUAUUGUUUCAAUUGUUGGUAUGGGGGGACUCGGUAAGACAACAUUAGCAAACACAGUUUACAACCGUAUGCAAAAUUCAGUUUGUCGCCACUUUCAUAUUCAUGCUUGGUGUACUGUUUCUCAAGCAUAUAGCAAGCACAAUUUGUUAGCGCAGAUUUUGUGCAGUAUUCAUCAUGGUAGUCCUGGGGAAUAUCUUAACAAAGAUGAAGAUGGUUUGGCUGAAGAGCUAAGGAGGGUUUUGUUGAGAAAUAGGUAUCUCAUAGUUUUGGAUGACUUGUGGGACAUUAAGGCAUGGAAUUUGUUGGAGAGAUCAUUUCCAAAUGAUGCAAACGGAAGCAGGAUUCUCUUAACCAGUAGAAUUCACAGUUUGCCAUUGCAAUUAAAACAUGAUAGCGAACCUUACCAUCUUCGCCAACUUACUGACGAAGAGAGUUGGGCAUUGCUGCAAAAUAAACUAUUUGUCGAAGAAGGAUGUCCUCCAACACUAACUAGAGUUGGAUUCCAAAUUGCAAAAAACUGUAAGGGACUACCUCUCACAAUUAUCCUUGUUGCUGGAAUUCUUGCAACUACUGAGCAAGAUUGCUGGGUAGAAGUUGCAAAAACUCUAAGUUCUAGCACUAUUGUUGAGACUGAACAAUGCAAGAGGACACUGGAGUUGAGUUACAGUAAUUUACCAGGUCAUCUGAAGCCAUGUCUUCUUUACUUCGGAGCAUUCCCAGAAGAUAAAGACGUUCCUGUCCGAAAAUUGAUCUGGGUUUGGACCUCUGAAGGAUUUCUGCAAAAGACUGAAGGAAAGAGCUUAAAGAAUGUGGCUGAUGAGUACUUGACUGAUCUGGUCCAAAGAAGUUUAGUUAUGGUCACCCGACAAAGAUCUAUAAGUGGUGCCAAAGCUUGCCGAAUUCAUGACUUGAUACAUGAGUUUUGUGUGAAAAAAGCCAAAGAAGAAAGUUUUCUACAGAUUUCUCAUGGGGAAAAUGAUCUUUUUACUCUGACUGGACCGCAUAACCUUAAUCGACUAUGUAUUUACAAUACGGAGCCGCAGAAGCUUAAAAUGUCAAAGAAAGCUGGUUGAAUGUUGAGCUGCCGAACACUAUCUGGAACAUUCAGACAUUGAGGCAUCUAUACAUUGCAAGUGACAUCACUGGUUUUCAUUUUCCUGCUGAUAAU